AAUAUGUAAAUUGAAGUAUAGGGAAAUAAAUAAGUGCCACUCGAACAAAUCUGAGCGCUUUUUUCUCUGUUCAUCGACUCCAUCCAGUGAGCCAAAGUACCAGCAGAUCUAGAUCCCACUCGUGUCUUUGCGCAUCAGCCUUUUGAUUUCCCGUUUCUGGCUCAUUCUACUCCAAGACCAUGUCUAGGCGUCCCAACACUGCUCGUCGCUUUGGAGAGAGUGCUAGCAUACCUUUUGUGGGUGCAUUGCAUCCCAAGUCUCGUCCAUCUCCAUUGUUAUCUAUAGGGAUUUUUAUUGUGGGGGCAAUACUGGUCGUUGGCUAUCUGUAUCAUGGUGGCAGGAGUGGUGAUAUAAGUGCUUUAAGCCGGCUUGAUGGCGGUGUUUCAUGUACGCAAGAACUUCAGAGACUAAUACCCAUUCUAAAAAAAACAUACGGUGAUAGCAUGCGCAAAGUAUUGCAUGUAGGCCCGGAAACUUGCCCAAUUGUAUCCCAACUAUUGAAAGAAGAGGACACAGAAGCUUGGGGCAUAGAGCCAUAUGAGUUAGAUGAUGCCGACAGUCACUGCAAGAGCCUCGUGCGUAAAGGCUUUGUGCGUUCAGCGGAUAUCAAAUUUCCUCUUCCCUACAGGCCAAAGUCAUUUUCUCUUGUCAUAGUAUCAGAUGCCGUGGAUUACUUAUCGCCUAGGUAUCUUAACAAGACGGUUCCAGAGCUAGCAAGAGUAUCUGCUGAUGGCUUAGUUUUAUUAUCUGGUUUUCCAGGCCAUCAGAAAGCUAAAGUGACUGAACUAUCCAAGUUUGGGCGCCCGGCAAAACUGCGAAGCUCAACUUGGUGGAUAAGAUUCUUCAUUCAAAACAGCUUAGAGGAGAAUGAAUCGGCUGUCAAGAAAUUCGAGCAGGCUGCAGCCAAGAAAUCUUACAAGUCAGCCUGCCAAAUCUUCCACCUUAAACCGUUGCAUUAAUCAGUCGGCCUCACCAUCCCAACGUGCAGUGCAACUUUAGAUCCUAGUGUUUUGUUAUAUUUAUUCUGUGGAAUUAAAAGAAAUUGUGAUAAUUUGUUUUUUACUAUAUAUAUAUAUAUACAUAUAUGUGGACACUUGUAUUUUAAUUUAUUUAAAAAUUUUGCUGCUCUUAGUCAUAGCAUCCAUGAACGUGAAAUUAAAUUAAAUGUACCUGCUAUGAUAGCAUGAAAUGCUUGGCAGAAUUGAAUUAUUGGAAGCCAGAUGUCGCCUUUGUAUGGGAAUAAAUCUUUUACUUGUUACAAUUA